AUGUGGGAGGGUCAGUCCCCUUGGUGCUCUGUCCAAGACGCAAAAGAAACCCCAGCAGCUCCUUGGGGUUUCUCUUCUUUCUUGGACGCUAUUGCCUACCGAUUCGUGUCGCAGCAAAACGAGCUUUACCUAGAAGCUUUUUACGAUGGCUUCUUCAAUGAGUACCAUCAACCAUCAACCAUAAACCAUAAACCCCAAACCUCAAACCUCAAACCUCAAACCGUCAACCAUCCAAAUCAUGUUUACCCUCCCUCCUUCUCUGUUCAUCGCUUUGUUUACUACCCCAUCGUACCGUUCGUCCGUAUUCGGGUUUUGCAUCGUUCCCUCUCCCUCCUUAUCCUUGCGAAAUCUGCCCAUCUACGCCUUUUAUGA